AUGAAGUGCUGCAGAGGAGCGGAUUAUUCUGUGAUUCUUUCACUGCUUCAUAAACCCGAGCCCAAGAAGACUCAACCCAACAAGAUGAAGAUCCAGUUGGUUUUUCUUUUAGCGGGAGCUGCCAUUUGUGCAUCGACGCCUGUGCCUCGCUGCAGGUGCACAAAGAAAGAUACAGAAGUGGACAUCAAACUCGUUGUAUCAAUGAUAACUAAAGCAGGAAAUCAGUUCUGUCAUGUACCUGAAGUCCUAGUGAAGCUCAAAACCAGGAAUGGAUUUAAAGAGGUGUGUGUUGAGCACAAUGGGAAAGUCCACAAAUUGCUCGAAUCUUUAAAGAAAAGGCCCAAUAUGGUUCUUAAGAGAACAUCUGCAGCAACUGCAUCGUCCCCAGAAUCUACCAUCGCCUCUGGCAGCACUCGCAGUACUUCUACUUUACUUCAGGACAAGACUAGAUAA